GCAACCUAAAUAACUUCCCUUCUCUCUGUUCAUCCUGAUCCAGUAACUACUACUAACUAAUGAGACAGCUCUUUCUCCUCAGCUGCCUCUUAUGUCUCUUGCUUCCUGUUUCAUCCUCUGCAUGCAGUUUUCCUGCCAUCUUCAAUUUCGGCGACUCGAACUCCGAUACGGGUGGCUUGUCAUCUUCUUUUUCUAUCGGUCCGGUCAACUUACCGUAUGGAGAGACCUUCUUCGGGUUCCCUUCUGGAAGAUUCUCCGACGGGCGCCUCCUUGUCGACUUCGUCGCUGGAGAGCUUGGAUUGCCACGACUUUGCGCUUAUCUCGAUUCUUUGUGUUCUAACUUUAGCCGAGGCGCCAACUUUGCUACCGCAUUGUCGACGAUCGUACCUCAGAACACAACUCUUCCUCUAGGUGUGUACAGUCCAUUCUCUCUUGAUGUGCAGCUGAAGCAGUUCUUGCUAUUUAAAUCGCGGUUGCAAAUGGUCUACAGAAAAGGUGGAGCAUACAAGGAUUUAGUGCCUCAAGAGGGGUACAUCGCGAAAGCACUGUACACGAUCGACAUCGGACAAAACGACCUAACCGCACUAUAUUUCAGCAACAUGUCAGCAGAGGAAUAUCUCCCAAAUGCUCUAAAGGAGUUUUCUACAGUUAUAAAGAGAAUAUACAGAUUAGGGGGGAGGUAUUUUUGGAUUCAUAAUACUGGCCCACUGGGGUGCCUACCAUAUGUUCUGGUGCAAGUGCCGUUAAAUGCGGCACGGUUGGAUCGCGCCGGAUGCAGCAUUUUGUUCAAUGAUUUGGCGCGAAGAUUCAACAGCUUGCUCAAUGAAACAGUGGUCCAGCUGAGAAAGGAGCUACCUCUCGCUGCGCUCACAUUAGUCGAUAUUUUCUCAGUCAAGUACUCACUAAUAAGCCAAGCCAAAAAGAAUGGAUUUGAGCACCCGCUUCGAUCUUGCUGCGGUGACGGCAGCAGCAAGUACAAUUACAAUUCGAAUGCGAGGUGCGGUGAUACAGCUAUGAAGAAUGGAAUCGAUGUUUUAAUCGGUAAAUCGUGCAAGGAUCCGACGAAGAGCAUCAUUUGGGAUGGAGUACAUUAUACUGAGGCUGCAAAUAAGUGGAUCUUUGAUCAGAUAUCCAAAGGACUAUAUUCAGACCCUCCUAUCUCUUUAAGCUCGGCAUGUUACCGCAAUCCGCGUAAAGCAUAACCGACAUCAUAACCAUUAAAAUUGCUUUUUGGUCAGGACCUUUUCCUACAAUUGGAUGAAUGAACAAGACCAAAAGAACAAGUUCUAAGAGGGGCUCCAAUCAUUUGUGGGUCGCCUAAACUUAAACAUGUGAGAUCAAUAAUCAUAACUGGUUGGCGCAUUUGGAUUCA